UUCUCGCUGCUGCCGCUGCUGUCGUCGGGGCCGGAGGGGGCGCCCCUGACCUCGGGCUCCGGCAACAGCUCGGGCAACGUGUCGGAGCCCGUCCAAGCAGCGCCCAGCAGCGACCUGGAUGUGAACACGGACAUUUACUCCAAGGUGCUGGUGACCACCGUGUACCUGGCGCUCUUCGUGGUGGGCACAGCGGGCAACUCUGUGACGGCGUUCACGCUGGCGCGCAAGAGGUCCCUGCAGAACCUGCAGAGCACGGUGCACUACCACCUGGGCAGCCUGGCGCUCUCCGACCUGCUCAUCCUCCUGCUGGCCAUGCCUGUCGAGCUGUACAACUUCAUCUGGGUACACCACCCCUGGGCCUUCGGCGACUCCGUGUGCCGCGGCUACUACUUCCUGCGUGACGCCUGCACCCACGCCACGGCCCUCAACGUGGCCAGCCUGAGUGUGGAGCGCUACCUGGCUCUCUGCCACCCCUUCAAGGCCAAGACCCUCAUGUCCCGCAGCCGCACCAAGAAGUUCAUCAGUGCCAUCUGGCUGGCCUCCGGCCUGCUAGCCGUGCCCAUGCUCUUCACCAUGGGCCAGCAGAACCGCAGCACCGACGGCCAGCACCCCGGCGGCCUGGUGUGCACGCCCAUCGUGGGCACCGCCACCAUCAAGGUCGUCAUCCAGAUCAACACCUUCAUGUCCUUCAUCUUCCCCAUGGUGGUCAUCUCCAUCUUGAACACCAUCAUCGCCAACAAGCUGACUGUGAUGGUCCGCCAGGCGGCCGAGCAGGGCCGGGUGUGCACGGCUGGGGACCAGCACAGCAACUUCAGCAUGUCCAUCGAGCCCGGCAGGGCCCAGGCCCUGCGGCACGGCGUCCAGGUCUUACGUGCCGUGGUCAUCGCCUUCGUGGUCUGCUGGCUGCCUUACCACGUGCGGCGCCUUAUGUUCUGCUACAUCUCGGACGAGCAGUGGACCCCGUUCCUCUACGACUUCUACCACUACUUCUACAUGCUGACCAACGCCCUCUUCUACGUCAGCUCCACCAUCAACCCCAUCCUCUACAACCUCGUCUCCGCCAGCUUCCGCCAGACCUUCCUGUCCACCCUGGCCUGCCUCUGUCCCCCGUGGGGGCGCAGGAGGAAGAGGCCGACCUUCUCGAGGAAGGCUGACAGCGUGUCCAGCAACCACACCUUCUCCAGCAACGUCACCCGGGAAGCGCUGUACUAGGGCGGCAGGGCUGGGACGGGCGGGAGGGGCUGCCACUCAGCCUCCGCCCCUGACUCAGCAAGGGGGUGGCCCACGUGGGCGCUGCUGCUGGGGGGGCCGCACUCCAGGGGCCCCCGCUUCUUCUCCACACCUCCUCUCUCCCGUUCCCUCUCCCCCGCCUCCUCUCUUCUUUGAAAGCCAGAGAGAGGUUGAUCCAGAUCCAAAAAGGGCCUUGAAUGAAGAGAAAUUAGUGUUGGGUGGAAGGCAGGCUUCUUUGUUCUCGGACUAAUGGAUGUCGGGAGAGAAAGAAAGGAGCAGUUGGGGCCAGGCUCCCCGGCAGCCAGGCCGGCGUGGGGAGGGCGGUGACCCCGAGAGCUGGCGCUGGAAGGAGCCCUGCCGGCAGGACCACCACUGUCCUGGUGCCGCAGAGAAGACCCCCAUUGCGCCUCCUCAGCUCAGAAGCGAGUCAGCCCCACACGCCGCAGGCACCUGUCCCCACACCUCUCCGAGGACGAGUCCCAGAAGGCUUUGACAUCUCAAGAGGACAAUGAAGGGGCCAGCCCGGUAUUACCCCGACCCAGCCCUCCCCGUCUCGCCUGUGGUCAGAGGACGCGAGGCUCUGCAGGGACACCGCAGGGCAGCUCGGCCUCAAGCCCCUCCAUCCCGGCUCUGCAGAAUCAAGGCCGGGUCAGUGCAGUCCCAGUGGCCCAGGCCAUGACAGGGACGUCCCCGUGCCCUCUCACAGCCGCUGUCAAGCUGAGCUCCUGCAGCCUGGCUCCGAGCUGCCUCCGGGUGUUCGUCCCAAGGCAGAGGGGAGUCUCAGCUGGGCUCCAAGAGAUGCCAGCCCUGGGGACUGGGCCGCAGGUGAGGAGGAGGAGCCAUGGGUACAGGCAGCCCGCUGGCCAGCAGCCAGGCUGAGGCCCAGACCUGUCUGUCACGGCCACCAGGCAGGCCCAGCCCCAGCUUCGGGUGCCCAGCAGCACAGGCACCUCCUUGGUGUCUGGGAGCCAGUCUCCAGACAGAAUGGCCUGGCCCCAGGAAGGUGCCCUGCGCCAGGGGAAAGCGGAUCCCAGGGAAGCUGCCCUGGACCAGCUGGGACCUCGAGUGGCAGAAAGGCCCUGAGAGUGACACGCAGGCCCUUUGAAGCAGGUUUUCCCUGGGCCUGGGAGCAGGCAGACGGUUGGACAGGCAGACAACCCACGGGGUCAGCCCUGACUUGGGAUCAGAGUCAGGGUCAGCCAGGACUCAGCCUCCCCACCCACAAGCACGGCGAGUUGGAGGCUGCAUUGUCCAGUGUCACUUCGGAUCUGGACACUCUGCUGUGAAUCAAUGUAUGACUUGAGCCCCACAAAAUCCUCCUCCGAGCUAUUCACCAAGAACAGGGCCACCAGCUGGUCCCCAGGCCAGGCAGCCCUCCCAUGACUCAGUGGCCACUGUCGCCGGGGGGAGCCCAGCAGACAGGCCCAAGGUCAUUGCAGCCCCCAGCCCGGCCCGGCAAGUGGGCAUCUGAGUUCAGCAAAGAUCAAGUCCAGGCCCGGGCAUCAGCCUCCAAGAGGAGGGCCUGGGUUCUGUGAACAGGUCCCCAGGCCGCCCCGACAUCCCUGGGCCUCGGGCCCCCUUCAGACCCAGCGAGUCCCCUGAGCCCUGGGCGUGGGCGCGCUCUUCCCACCCACCCAGCCACGACUGGAUGUGACGGCCCCGGAGGCCCCAGCCUGGAGUGGACGGAG